AUGGCUGAGAGUGAAAAUUCAUGUGCAGUACCGGCAGAGAAAAAUUGGAAGAAGUUGCCUGUCUUUGUUUUCUUUAAAGAUGCAAGAAGCAUUUUUAAGUUGGAUAUACUUGGCUGGGAGAUUCUAGGCAUUGCAUUCCCUGCUGCCCUUGCUGUAGCUGCUGAUCCCAUUGCUUCUCUGAUUGAUACAGCAUUCAUUGGUCAUAUUGGACCUGUGGAACUGGCUGCUGCAGGAGUUUCUAUUGCUUUGUUCAAUCAAGCUUCAAGGAUUACCAUAUUCCCACUGGUUAGUAUCACAACUUCUUUUGUAGCUGAGGAAGAUACCGUUGCUGGAAGAGCCAGCAUCAAAGCAGCAGAAAAGGGCUCUAAUGAUGAUGAUGAUGAUGAUGACAUGCUUGAGGACAUGGAGAAAGGUGAAGCUGGAAAAAAGGCUAAGAACUUGGAAAAGAGUUCAUCGAAAAACAGUGAAAAUGAAGUUGCAGAGACAAAUAAGAACAUGGAAAAGGUUGAGGGUAUGGAAGAUGGUGGGGAAACUGAACAUGCCUCAGCUGAAACCAGUGCAGGGAAAGAGUGUAUACAGGAAAACACACUUGAGGAUAUGGAAAAUGAUGCAGACGCAAAGACUAAUGCAAAAGACUCAAAGCUAGAAACUGAUUUCAAUAAAACUAUUGGUGGCAAAAAAAAUAAGACCAAAAUCAAAAGGGAGAAGAAGCAUAUUGCUUCAGCAUCAACAGCUCUACUUUUUGGCGUAAUUCUUGGCCUCAUUCAAGCUGUAGUCCUUGUAUUUGCAGCCAAACCACUCUUGAAUGUGAUGGGUGUAAAACAUAGUUCCCCCAUGCUAAUCCCAGCACUUAAGUACUUGAAAUUACGAUCGCUCGGUGCUCCUGCAGUUCUUCUAUCCUUGGCCAUGCAAGGGAUCUUUCGAGGGUUUAAGGAUACAAAAACUCCUCUGUAUGUCAUUGUUUUGGGAUAUACAACAAACAUCAUUAUGGACCCGAUAUUCAUCUUUGUCAUGAAAUUAGGCAUCAGAGGUGCAGCAAUUGCACAUGUUCUUUCUCAGUACUUGAUUUGUGUAAUCCUCUUGUCGAUAUUAAUGAGAAAAGUCUAUCUCCUACCUCCAAGUCUUAAGACUUUGCAGUUUAGUCGGUUCCUUAAAAAUGGUGGUCUGUUAUUAUUAAGAGUUGUAGCUGUCACAUUCUGUGUAACCUUGGCAGCUUCACUGGCUGCACGGCUAGGUGCAACACCCAUGGCUGCAUUCCAGACUUGUUUACAGGUCUGGUUGACAUCUUCACUUCUCUCAGAUGGCUUGGCUGUUGCCGGACAGGCAAUUCUAGCUUGUGCUUUUGCUGAGAAAGACCUUAAGAAGGCAACAGCUGUCGCAACCCGGGUAUUACAGAUGAGUUUUGUUCUUGGGGUGGGGCUUGCUCUUGUUGUUGGAAUUGGUCUGUACUUUGGAGCUGGGAUCUUUUCAAGAGAUGUCAAUGUUCUGCACCUUAUAAAAAUAGGACUCCCGUUUGUCGCUGCUACACAACCGAUAAAUUCAUUAGCUUUUGUCUUUGAUGGAGUGAACUUUGGAGCAUCUGAUUUUGCAUAUUCAGCAUACUCAUUGCUUCUUGUGGCUGUAGCAAGCAUUGCAUCCUUAUUUGUUCUAUACAGAAGCAACGGAUUUGUAGGAAUCUGGAUUGCUCUAACCAUUUAUAUGUUUUUGCGUGCAUUUGUUGGUAUUUGGAGGAUGGGCACUGGAACAGGACCUUGGCGCUUUCUCAGGAACCCAUCGUGGAAGUAGGCGAUUGCAAGCUCCACGAAUUUUUAUAGUCGAGCUACAUAUAUAUUUAUGUCAAUGUUUUUCUAUUUUUCUUUUAUUCUACUCAUGUUAUGUAAUUUAU